AUGUCUUCGACAGACACGCCCGACCCGUCGACUAUGUCGACAACCUCGACCGCUGCGAACACGGCUUCGUCAUCUUCGGCCGCUUCGACCCCUUCUCCCUCCACUUCCAGUGUCACCACGGCCCCUUCAACAUCGGCACCGCGCCGUCCGCCUCGGAAAAGCACUCUGACGCAACAGCAGAAAAACAAUAAGCGGCAACGGGCAACCCAGGAUCAGCUAGUCACGCUGGAACUUGAGUUCAACAAGAACCCUACACCCACGGCAGCCACGCGCGAGCGGAUCGCUCAGGAUAUCAACAUGACCGAGCGUUCUGUUCAGAUCUGGUUCCAGAACAGACGAGCCAAGAUCAAAAUGCUCGCGAAAAAGAGUAUAGAAACCGGCGAAGGCUGUGAUUCAAUUCCCGAGUCGAUGAGACAGUAUCUGGCGAUGCAAUUCGAUCCUAGCAAAGCAGGUGCGAGAGACCCAUUCGGGCGCACAGGUGCUUAUGGAGCCAACGGUGCUUACCCGAACGAGGCUGCGCCCUCAGGGAAAGUUGGUGAGUUCAACUCAAGUCAUCUCGCUAUCGCGGAGAUUGCUGAUGUAGCCCAAGUCAUUCAUCAUUUCACCUGCCGUUCCUUGACCAUCGGUAGCUGGCGGCGCAUCGGGCAAAACGCUAUGGACCUGGUUGUCUUCUACUCCCCCGAAAAGGCCUGCAUGACUUAUUACAUCAACAACGAUUCUGCCGGAUACAAAAUCGAGUACCCCUUUUCCUACAUCAAGAACAUCACGCUCGAGUCGGGUGAUCACAACGCCCAGCCCAACGGCGCUCCCGCGAGGCCCGCUGGCCUCCUUGUGGAACUCAAUCGUCCUCCGUUGUUCUACAUGGAUUCUUCUAACUCUGGUGGAUUCUACCAAUGCGGUGACUUUACGGAGGAUCAGCAAGCGAGCCAGAUCCUGGUGCACCAUCUGGGAGGUCAUCCCAAGGUUCUUAGUGUCCAAUUGGCCAAGUUGGUGUCGCUGGAGUCUUUCCAGAACCGUCUGGCGUACAGCAACCUUGCGAUGGCUCCGCCAAUGUCGCCUCAUUUCAUUCAGCGUCCCGCCUCCCAGCCAAACCAAUUCGCGCCUGCAUUCAUGAACAUGUAUCAGGAUCAGUCGACCCUGAACAUUCCGGUCGCUCGCGGACACAAGCGGCAAAGGAGUCGUUCCGUCCCGGUUGCUGUUGAUUUUUCUGCCAUGCAGAUGUCUCACUUCCCGUCUUACACCAUGUCCCAGACUCCGGCCCCAUACCACAACGCGGACUCGGGGAUUUUUGCGCCUGUCCCGCAGUCGGCUCAACCGUUAGCUCUGAAUCUGCGCAUCGACACCUCUGCCUCGUAUGGUUUUGAUCCUCGGGGUCAUCCUAUGUCUGCUGCGACGACCGCCUCUCCGUCCGACUUUGCGAGCCCGUCCAUCUUCGCUACCAGUGCGACUGGCGAGUCCACCCCAGUCGCUACGCACAUGGGCCCUUCGUUCAGCCUGCCUUUUAUGCCACCUGCGGUGGAUUCCUCCAACAUGGGGCAUGAGGCUUCUCCAUACUCGAAUGUCAGCCAUGCCGAUCCUAUGAUCGCGGAACAUUCGCCUCCCUUGUCCAACAUGGCGCAUACCCCGCAGGACAUGUACGCCCUGGGGACCGACCAGCAGGCCAAUUUUGCCGAUGAUGGGAUGGUUAUGAAUGGAAUUUUCGCUAAGCAGAGCAUGGAUUACUCUGUCCCCACCACCAUGGGGCUUGAAGGUAACACAUUCGACCUGUCCAUGCAGACCUUGUCUGGCCAGGCUUCGCCGCUCCUUGCAACCGAUUAUCAAAGCAUGGAGGGUGUUGAUCUCAAUGCAUUAGCUCCGGGAUCAUGA